AUGGAUGAUGCUUCGUCCUAUGUCGGCGAGCAUCGAACAAUCUAUGGCCUCGAAAUCAGCAACCACGUGCUGCGCCAGAUGAUCGACGCCAUCGAAGAGGACUCGGACUCCGACACUUCGCUGUAUGAAUUCGCGGAUUCAAGGGCCGAAACAGCAAUGUUAUUGCUUGAGAAAACCGAUUCGCUGACGACAAAUUUUUUGCGCGAAGAGCGGCACGUUGAAGCGAUUCGUGGAACUGAGGCCAAGCUCGAUCCACAUUUAUGGCGGCGGCUCAACGGCAAGGUACGCGUGCAGACCGUGUCGAUGGCAUUAGUCUUAUGCUUGAAUAUAGGCAUCGACCCGCCUGACCCAGAGCCGUGGCCGGAGCAACGACCCAUGAUGGAGGCAUGGGUACAUCCUGGCGGAUGGAGCCCCGAUAAGGCCAUCCUGGCGAUCGCCUUCGAACUGCAGCAGGCGUAUGCGCGCUUGCAACCUCGUGCCAGAUGUAAAUACACCACCAAAUCAACCAAAGAAGACAUCAUGAUGUUGUGCCAAUCGAUGAGGAGACACGCUUCGGAUGGGAGGGUACUUUUCCACUAUAACGGCCACGGCGUUCCUCGGCCAACGAAGCAUGGCGAUCUAUGGGUAUUCAACAAGGCCGUAACGCAGUACAUCCCCUUAUCAAUUAACGAUCUGAUGGAUUGGCUUGGGGCGCCUACAAUAUAUGUCUGGGAUUGCAGCUCGGCGGCCAGUUGUAUCAAUGCCUUUCAUGGAUUCGGUGAACAGAAGCGGAGCACCUGGAUGCACGAGUUCGAGGAGUACAAGGAGCAAGUUGACGAAAUUCACCCCGAAAACGUGUCGCACAUGUCGCCCUACGACGAGGCUGAGCUUUAUGGGUUCAAACUGCCACCGAAUUUCCAGGAUUGCGUCCAUCUCGCUGCGUGUAGAGAAGACGAAAGAUUACCGCAAGACCCCCGAGUCCCAGCCGAUCUCUUUGCAGCCUGCCUUACCACGCCAAUUAAAGCCAGCAUACUGUGGUAUAUGAUUAAAAAGGACGUACGAGACAAAUAUCCCGACAAUCUGUUGGAUUGUAUCCCGGGGCAGAUAGGUGAUAGGCGCACGCUCCUCGGCGAGCUGAAUUUCAUCUACUCGGGGAUCGCCGAUGCUAUUGCUUGGAAUAGCCUUCCGCCCGAGCUCUUCCAAAGGCUUUUUCGCCAAGACCACGUGCUAGCCACCAUGUUCCGCAGCUACUUGCUGGCCGAGAAGGUGCUGGAGCACUUUGGCUGCCACACACGCUCCUACCCGUCCUUGCCCGCGAUGGCCGCGCAUCCGCUGUGGGAGAACUGGGAGAUGAGCCUGGACUAUGCCAUCGACUACCUCGACAAGUUCAUGUACUCGGCAUCUCCGGCGAACCAAUGCCUCUACGUGUCCAACCAAUUGUUCACGGUGACCAGGAGACGCCAGGAUUUCCUCGAUCUCGCCGAGGCAGAACGGGCAUUCCCUGAAGAGGGUCUACACUUCUUCGCAGACCAAAUGCGCACAUUUCGGACGUGGCUGAAUGGAUUCCACGACCUCGUCCGCCCACCCAUUCAGCUGCCCAUCGUCGUCCAAGGGCUCUUCAAUAUGGAACAACGCGCGGACGCCCUUGAGCUGCUAUCCAGAUUCCUCGAUCUCGGUUCACAUGCCAUUGAGCAUUCACUCUCCGUCGGAAUAUUUUCAUUUAUUGUGGCAUUGCUGCAGACCACUCAAAGGGACCUGAAACCAUGGCUGGCGUUCACUUGGGCAAAGAUUCUUGCCGUAGAACGGGAGAUCAACGAAGAACUGUAUAUUGAAAUCGACAACAAAGACCAAGAGAUCGGGUUUUAUCGCCCCGAGGGAAAGGACCUCCGCAUCCUCUACUUCAUACAAAUUUUGAACGAUCCGAGCAUUGGCGCCCGGCAGAAGGUCGUCGUCAGCUACAUAUUGGCCAUGCUAAAUUCGGACAUUGCCCGUCGCUAUCUGACUGAGCGCAAUUUUAUCACCGAUUGCACGGAGUUACUUGUCGAUCCAAAGGCUAAAAAUGUGCACCUUUUGCGGUGUUGGCUCAAUUUGACGAUGGGUAGCUUGUGGCGAGAUUAUAACGCAGCCCGAUGGCAAUCUAUUCGUAUUACCGGCUAUCAGAAGGUUAUCGCCGAUCUGACCAACGAAAGUGCCGAAGCUCGAGCCUGCGCUUGCUAUGCCCUUGGGUCUUUGAUGAAAAACCAUUCACACACCAAUGAACAUGCCACAGUGAUUGACGGCGAGUGCGCGACCGCCCUACUCGCAGCGUGUCUAUUUGACGGUUCGGCGCUUGUGCGUGAGGAGAUGUGCCUGGCCUUGCAAUAUUUUGUCGUGGAUUUCGUGGAAGUGCUUGCCAAAUACUACGUUCGCCUGGUGGAUCAAUGCAAAAUGGACUUUGUGGACGAAAUGCUGGUGGAUUACGAGCUGUCACGCGAAGAGCUACGAACACGCACCAUCUCGGAGACGUCCGCUGACGAGGUGCCUCCACCAAAAGCAACCUCGAGCAGAAGACGUCUGCUGUCGAACCGAACGCCGGCUCCCCGCAAGCCGGACGUUUACUUCGCCACCUCGGGGCCGUCGGAGCGGGAAAUGCGUUUUAGAACUCGAAUGAACCGGCAAAUUGCCAGCCUUGAGACUCAUCAAUUUAUGGACUCGUUCAACCGGGUGCUGCUUGGCCUGAUGCGGGCCUGCCUCGAUCCAAUGAUCAAGAUCGGUGAUCUCGGGCAAAUGCUAGUGCGAGCCAUCGAAAAUGCCGCCAUCGAGUACCGGGCUGCGAUCGAACGGCGGCUGCUGGCUUCGGCAAGGUUGCAUGCGUUUAACAUCAACGGCAAAGCGUCUGGUGACAACCCGGCGCCACCACGCAAGACCUCGGUGUUCGAGUUGCGAAGAGAACUUCCCCCACUGACCUCGCCGCCUCGCCACCACUCAUUGAAUCUGGCUUCCGACGAGGCUUCGGAGAUGACGAGCGGGCUGGGCAACAGCAGCACCCUCGACGUGAUCAGCCCGGCAUCCAGUCGAAAGAGCUCGUUGCGAGACUCGGCGGUUCGCAAAUCAUCAUCAGCCGCCCGCCCGGUUCGCACUCCCUUGAGCCCCAAUAACAAGAUUGACUUGAUGGCUGCCCCAACAGUCGCGAUCGAGUUUCUGCUCUGGCGCAAAGAGAUGAGUGAUGAUCCGAGCAACUUGUCGAUGAAGGACUUCAACCCGAAUUCCAUCAUUGCCAAGGAUCACACAUUUAUACCAAAGAGGACGGUGGCAGGCCGCAUCGGCGGCUCCGAAUUCAAGGCCCCUCGCCCUCACCCGAAAGCCAACGAAAUAUUCCCGAUCUACGAGCCCCUCGUCGUCAACAAGCUGAUCAGCUGGCUGGGCAAAUGCUUUGCUGAACCCUGCAUCAGCCUAGUUCUCUGUGAACGUGAAUGCGAUGUGCUUGGCGAUCGGCUGAAUACGGCCCACCAUCCCAGCCGAUUCCAACAAGACGAAGAUGCCCGUCUCAAAAAGCUGGCUGCCGAGGAGAUGGUCACAGUUGUGAAGGGGUUCACGACGUUGCCGAGGAGUGGAAUGAGAAGGGCGACCAAGCAGAUAAUCGAGCCAAACGUGCAGCUGAUGACCGUCAAAACGGAAUCCCCCGUCCUUGCCUCAUCUUUCUCUCGGCUCCAUCCCCAAUUCUAUACGACCGACGGCGCCUACGUCUAUGCCUACAAAUACGAAGAUCGACAAUGCCACGAAGCAUUCCGCUGGCAUAACCAUGCCGGAAAUGGACUGAUGGAGGCAGCCUGUUUCCUCGAGACGAUCAACCCGAUGGGCAAUGAAAUGGUUCUUGUCGGAUCGAAAAAUUCGAUCGUCCGCAUCUUUGACCUCAGCUACGAUGGAGAGACGGGACGAAGGUUGCCGCUAGCCCCGAAAAUGGUCAGUGCUUUCCAAUCGCUCGGCAACGUCAUGCGCAACCCGUUAAACUACGUGAAAUCUUCAAAAACACCGGCCGUUUACAGUUGGAAUCAGCCAAGUGGCAAACUGGCGAUAGCCGGGUCUGCGCGGGCCGUCAGGUUAUGGGAUGCGCAUUGUGAGCGACAGAGCUACGAGAUUCUCUACGAGUACGCUCGCGAAGGCACGAUGACGGCCGUGGCCAAUGACAUUGGGGCCUCGCAGCUUUUUGGUGUUGGCUUUCGCGACGGUGCUGCCCGCGUCUACGACCAGCGUAUGCAGGCGAAAGAGGCCCGCAUCUUCAUCACGCCCUCCGUCGGUUCGCGCGUCGUCAGCAUGCAGCUUCACACGGACCCCGGCGCGCAGACCAAGCUCUGCGUCGGCCACGCCGAUGGUGGCAUCCAGAUAUUCGAGCCGAGGAUGUCAAAGGAUCCGGUGCUUUGUCUCGGGCACGAGAAAAAGUAUAGUCAACAAUUCCCAAUGCAUGAUCGGAUGUCUCACUUUGCCGUCCACUCUGAUGGACAGAAAAUGGCUGCCACGGUGUUGCGUGAGAACUACGAGGUCGAGCUGUUCGACAUGAGCGGAAAGGUACUCACGCGUGUGCACCAGAACGAUGCUGAGAAUCGUCGUAUCGCUCGCCCAACCUCACUUGCCCUACACCCGAUCAGACCCCUGAUCGGCCUCGGCACCGCGGAUAACUGCUUCUCUGUAUAUGGUGUCGGCAUCAGA